UUAAAGUACAUUGUAUAAUUGAGAUUCUUACAUUUAAUAUAGUUUUACUAAGUAUCAUAAAAAUAGUUUUCAAUCAAAUUCAAAACUUUCUUAAAAACAAAACAUGUUCACUUUCAAGAAAAAAGAUUCUGGCUGUCAAAACAGAAAAAAUGCGGCAAAUAGGACAGCAAAUGAGCAAAAAAAUAAACGUACGCUCGAAGAUUGUGGUAUCCAAGUUAAAAAAAUGACGGGGAUAGGCCUACAGUUUCCAGAUUGAUAUCUAUAAAUUCCUCUCAAUCACGUCAAGCUUUUGGAAUAGUAAGUUCAUUUAUCUAAACAUAACCUUCUUUUUUAUACAUCUUUUCUAUUAUACUAUUAUUAUAUAAAUCAAGAUAUUUUUGAAUAUUUUACUUUAUUUUCUAUAGGAUAGCUUUGAAAACAAUUCUUGUAAAAUUUUGUUGAACUCAGAAGAACCACUUCCUCCUUCGAGUGGCACGUUGGCAAUAUCGGCAACAAGAGUUGAAAAUGAAAACAAUAUUUUGCAUAAAAAUAAAUUGGAUGAGCCAAUUACUGCAAAGGAUCCUGCUUUGUGGGCUGAAAAUAUGUCCAAAGUAGAACGCGAUGCAGUUGUUCUUCAGGGGCCCCCUAAAAAUCCUUUAUCUUUUCCGAGAGACUCAAACAAGAUUAAGGUUCCUGAAUCAGUUUUCCACGAAAUAACUCGUAAUGGGGAGAAAAUAAACAGAGAUUGGCUUGUUUGGAGUGCAACUUCAAAAUCAUUUCUUUGCUUUCCGUGCUCACUUUUCGGAAGCAAACAAGCCUGCGGGGCUGGUAAUAAUUCACAUCUUCUACGUUGGAAUGGUGGCAUCAAUGGAAACUGGAGAAAGCUAGCUGAAAAAGUAAAAGUCCACCAAAACAAUCCUCACCAUCGAGACAAUUACAUUAAGUGGAAAACAGCGCUGGAAAGCUUGGGAAAUCAAUGUGGGAUUGAUUCAAGUUUAGAAAAAUUGAUAAAAAAUGAGGCAGCCAGGUGGCGUGAAAUUUUAAAGUGCAUUUUAGAUGUAAUUCUCUUCUUCGCAUCACGCAACCUUAGCUUCAGAGGCUCAUCAAAAAUGAUCGGUGAUGACGAUAACGGCAACUUUCUUGCAACUCUAGAGCUACUUGCAAAGCACAACAAGACUCUUCAGUUACAUCUAGAAGAAGUUUCUCGCUGCCAACAAGAAGGUAAACAAAUUAUUGCGCAUUAUUUGGGUUGGAGUUCUCAAAAUGAAUUUAUAAAAGAGUGCGGAAGAAUCGUCUACGGUGCCAUCAUUAAAGAGGCGCAUAUGGCAAUUUACUAUUCUAUUCUUGUCGAUGGAACGCCUGACGUCUCUCAUACAGAGCAAAUUGCAUUUGUUCUCCGCUUUGUCUACUAUGGUAUUGAUAAAAAAUGGGUAGUUAAGGAGCGCUUUCUUGGGGUCGAAAGUCUCGAUAAAAAGAAAGGUGUGGAUAUUGCUAAGCUAAUUAUAGAUGUCUUAAAUCAAAAUGACAUUGAUCUGAAGAACUGUCGAGGUCAGGGAUAUGACAACGGUGCUAAUAUGUCUGGUGUGUACAAAGGAGUACAAGCGAUCAUUCUUCAGAGAAAUCCUCAAGCUUUCUACAUGCCAUGCAGCACUCAUAACCUUAAUUUAGCUGGUGUUCAUUCACUUGAAUCUUCUGUAGAAAUGAAGAACUAUUUCGGUCGUAUUCAGUUACUCUACAAUCUUUUUAGUGGAAGCCCUAUACGAUGGAAAAUCUUGACCGAGACAACUGGUUUGUCUCUACAUCAAACUUCACAAACCCGAUGGAGUGCAUGCAUUGAGGCUGUGAAGCCUUUGGUUAAGCGACCCAGAGAAAUUCUUUUAUCUUUGCAGAAACUUCGUGAUCUUGAUUUAACUGCUGAUCUAUUGAUUGACGUAAAAUCUUUAGAGAAAUGGAGUCAGUCAUUUGAGUUUAUUAUCAUGACAACCUUCUGGUUCAAAGCGCUGCAAGCAAUAAACUAUGUCAGCGUGUCAUUUCAAUCAGAAAACAUUACUUUAGACGAUGAGAUGAAACUUAUGAAGAUUCUUAUUGAGGAUAGACUUAGAUCUUCUUGGCCCGAAUUAAUUAAUGAAGCAUAUUUAGUUGCCUCCGGUCUAGCUAGUUAUGGGUUUCAGUCAAAACUAGUUCAAAAAAGGACAUGAAAGAGGAAAACUUUUUACGAAGAAACAAGGAACGAAGUUCAUUUCUUAGAAAACGAUGAAAAACAGUUUGAGGUGAAUGUAUUCAACACCGCUCUCGAUACAUUAAUUCAACAAAUAAAAGACAGAUUUCAAGCUGCAGAAAAGACAACUAACAGUUUUUCUUUUCUAUGGCUCUCAGAAUCUAAUAGUAGGUCGAGUGAGGAAAAAGAAAUUGAACAACCUAGCCUGGAGGAAAAAUGUAAAACUUUGGCGCAAAUGUAUGUGAACGAUGUAGAUGAAGACAAACUUAUUUUAGAGGUCCGUCAUCUGGAUACUCUAAAGCGUGCCAAUCUUUUCGGUCCAAAAGAAUAUCUCACUUCAAUGAAACUAUUAAAUGGAAUUUAUCAAAAAGGUCUAGAGUCUAUCUUCGAAUCAACAUGGAUUUUAUUACGUAUUUUUAACACAAUUCCCGUUUCCAUCGCCGAAGGAGAGCGGUCUUUCAGCAAGCUUGGUCUAGUCAAGACAACACUAAGAUCUACAAUGAGUCAAGACCGGCUUACCAAUCUCUUAGUUAUAUCUAUUGAGCACGAUCUAGCAAAAAGUCUGUGCUACGACGAGGUCAUUGAAAAUUUUGCUUUAAAUAAAGCACGGAGAGUCAAAUUCUUAUAAAGCAUUUAAAAUAUCUAUUACAUUUAAAAUUUACAGUUGCUCGCAAUAUAAUAAAGUUAAUUUUUCAACUUGUGCUUCUUUCUUUACAUUUUUUCAAACUUAUUUAAAAAAUGUAUAGAAGCCUUCUCGACUGUAUUUACCUUCUCGGCCUCUUAAAGUGAGUUUUAAAAAGUAAAACUUAAAAAAAAACUUAGCAUUUGGACAGUAUCUAAAUUUUUUUUGAUUCGGUCAAUAUGACAGGGCGCUAGAUAAAUUUUGACCCCAGGCGUCAUAAAGGGACGCGGCGGGCCUGAAUACACCAACAAGUUAAAGUUUAGUAGUUUAGAAUAUUAUAAAUAAAUAGCGGUUAUUUCCAAAUCGAAAGUUUACUUUUUACUGCCAAUAUCUAAAUAAUUAACAUAUAUUGACAUAAUUAUUUUACGAAUAAUCAAGCGAAACAUGUUUCCAUAUAAGGAAAAUCUAAAAAAGUUUUUUUUAAUCUAAAAGAGUUUUAUUUUAAAUCUAAAUUUUUUUUUUAAGAACACGACGUUUCCAACUUUUGUCACAGCCUGGCCCACUAUGCUAUGCUAUGCAAUGCAAAAGUUUUUUUUAAGAACAUGAUGUUGUCAACUUUUGUCACAAAAGUUGAAAAAGUCAGUUUUGUAA